CUGUGUUAUGUUUGGUUGAAGGAAUUUGAGGAGAAAAAAGAAAAUGAACAUGAAAAACAGUUCUUCCUCUCAGCUUAGAUUGUAGGUUUGUGUUUCCAACCGGUACACGCUUUCUUUGUCGGAACAAUACGUGAGAGAACAAAAAUUCGCUCCCAACCCUCUCUUCAUCGCAUCGCCUGUGUAGAAAAAACCUUUCGCUCUUAGCCGCUGGCCUAAGAAACAAUCCGUUUUUGAGCGAAUCUUUAUUUGCACUAUGGAUCUCUCCAUGGAACAUUACCCUUAUGGUUCGCGUAAAGAUGUCAUGGAAAUUAUAAAUCGUUACCCCCAUAUUACGGUACGAGAUAUGGAGAAUCUUUUCAUCUCUGAAGGCCCAUUUGUGGCAAGGUGUUUGCGCGGCACUGACAUUCUCGGAUUCAUGGAAAGGUGGUUUAUUCAAGAUAUCAGUUUCGAUCGUGAAACCGCAAAACAGAAAGGCCGAGAACAUGUUCAAGCUGGGCCUUUACUUCAUGUGCAUUCAGUACGUGUACAGCCAAAAUCUCCAGAAAAUGGACCCCUACAUGUAUAUGGUACGAUUCGGGUUCAGUAUCAAAAUAUCGCUAGUGGAGACAAGGUGCAGCUUGUUGUUUACGAACGAAGUGCCAAUGAUGCAGACUACAUAAGCCCGAGUGGUGGCGAUUUAGUUCUUUUUGGGCCUCAUAUUUCCCAUACUGGGAUUACUGGCAACUGUGAUUUGAUAAUGCCUUUGUACAAUACAGCUAUAGAAGUUGAUCUCUAUCUCAAAAUUGGGGAUUUUCCCCAUUCGUUUGCUCAUGAAAAGUUUUUGGUGGGGGGAGUUACCUUCCCAAGGCAUGCUAGUAUGAAGAAGUCGCCGUUCCGAUGCAUCCCUCUGCCUAAACUUUGGGUUGACAUUUGCGGUUCUUUGGAUGUUAAGUAUUUGGUCGUGUUUUUCUUCUUUUCAGCAACUCCGAAUGCGUUUUAAAUUGAUUAAAUUAUCAUAUUGUGCGACUACAUAUUUACAUUAUAUACUGAUGAUGACUGUAUCCUCUCUUAUCCAAACACCUGCCAUUCUAUGCUUUCACUAUUUACUACUUCAUCUUUUAUUUAAAAAAAUCAACUCCCUCUAUAUUU